CUACUUCCGUCCCUUCUAUUAGAGGCGUUGAAGCCAGCUCUGGGUGAAUGGGCACCGACAUCUUCUCGGACAUAAAACGGACAUUUUUGCCUGCUUGGGAGAACCUGAGUGCAGUAGAAACAUACGUUUGCCUGCUGAUUUCUUCAAAUUGAGGACAUUUUGACAUUAGAGGGCUUCAUCGCCUCUCUUGCAUUUGAAAUGAAGCAGCAGAUUCAUGACAAAUUUGAAACGUGGAGACUUUGGUUUAGAUUGAAACCGUACCGUUAAGCCGACAAACUACCUGGCAAAAUAGUCCUUGGGUUCCCCUUACCCUUGACGGGCCCUGUGAGACAUCCUUCUGCCUAAGAUGAUGAAUUCCUCCCUGGAUCCGCUGAACCGGAGCUCUGCCGAUCUGUCCAACUUCUCCGCUCCGUUCUGCCUGCUUGAGAUUAGCUAUUCCAAAAUCAUCACGACCUGCUUGCUGGAAGUCUCCAUUAUUCUUCUUCUCACCAUUCUGAUUAUUUCAGGCAACCUGGUGGUGAUUUUUGUUUUUCACUGCGCCCCUCUGCUCAGCCAGCACACAACCAGUGCUUUCAUCCAGACUAUGGCGUACGCCGACUUGCUCGUGGGUGUAAGCUGCCUCUUCCCUUCCUUGUCCUUGCUUCAUCACCUCCAAGGACUUGACCCCAAGCUCACCUGCCAGGUGUUUGGAUAUAUGGUAUCCGUUUUGAAGUCUGUCUCCAUGGCGUCGUUGGCAUGCGUGAGUGUGGACCGCUACAUUGCUAUCACGCGACCCCUGACCUACGCAGCUCUGGUAACACCGUGUCGAGUGCGCUUCUGCAUCGUUUUGAUAUGGUUGUACUCCGCGCUGGUGUUCCUGCCGUCGUUCCUCGGCUGGGGGAAGCCCGGUUACCACGGCGAUGUGGUAGAGUGGUGCGCCGUCAAGUGGAGUACCCGGCCGGCGUUCACGACCUUCAUUGUCGGGCUGCUCUACGCCCCGGCCGCCCUCACGGUCUGCUUUACUUACGCAAACAUCUUCAAGAUCUGCCGACAGCACACGCGGGAAAUCAGCGAACGUCAAGCGCGUUACCGGCCCCAGGCGCACCUCGACCCAGGUUUGACAUCUGGAUUGCCCGUCAAGGACAAGAGCGAUGAAGACCAAAGCAAUUCACCCAGUUUAUUCAAAUCCCAGAAACAAUACCAACAACAGUCUUCGCCAUACCCGGACAAACGGUACGCCAUGGUACUGUUCCGCAUCACCAGUGUUUUCUACCUCCUUUGGUUGCCCUACAUACUUUACUUUCUGCUGGAAAGUGGUGGAAUUUACCACCAUCCCGCAGCAUCCUUCUUCACCACUUGGCUGGCUAUUAGCAACAGCUUUUGUAAUUGUCUCAUCUACAGCCUCUCCAACUCGGCCUUUAGAAAGGGGCUGAAACGCCUCUGCUCCUACUGUUUACAGCGUAGUGCCGGUGACUUCGGAGUGAGGAAACCCCAAAAAUCAUUUAUCGGUUCUAUUGAACAGGGAUGGACUGGGACAGGAUUCGGAUCCGGAGGGCACGGAGACAUAGGAAUCGGCACGUGUCAUGUGUAAAGUCUGCUUUUGGGACAGCCUUGUGCCAAAUUUGUCCUGCGAACUGCUUAGAAAGGGUCUCUUCCGCAAGUUGAAAUCCUUCCACGGAGAGAUGGAAGGAUGUGUCGUUAUGCUACUGUUCUUUCCGUCACAUUCGGAGGUUACACAGCACACGCCGCUGCUGGCGGAGGGAGGAGUCUGGAGUGAAGCACUAAAGGAUAAAAUGUCCUAAAAAGAUGUUUGUUAAUCGGAGAGACAGUGGAGACAUAUGGGUAGGAUUUUAGAGAGAAUAUUUUCUCUCUGUUCCAGUUUGGAAAUAUGUCUAACUUAUUUGCAAAGGUAACACAAUGUGAGGACUAUCCUCUUGAUGGAAAUAUUCCGUAUGUCAGUCAAGAAAACGUGAGUGCAAAAAAAAAAAAAAAAAAAGCAUCAUCAGCUGAACAAAGUGUUUUAAGAUGCCCUUUCUCCUCUCUGCUUAGAUUAAUACAGUGUUAUGUGUAAGUUGCAUUUGUGCAAAUCAAUGAGUUGACUGACUGCGCUUUAUUAGUGGAAAACCAUAGAAACAAUAUAGGUUUAAAACUUGUCUUAUAUGCAAUUUAUAUUGGUUUGCACAAGACAUUCUUUUUUGAGUGAAAUGAAACAAGUUUAUAAGUGAUCACGAAAGGCUUUGACUGUUAGCAAAAACUUAAAACAAAUUUUUUUUUUUUUUAAAUUUCUUAUUCUCCAUCCAUCCAUCAUCUUCCGCUUGCUCCAGAGUCAGGUCGUAGGGGCAGCAGCUUUAACAGGGAAGCCCAGUCUUCCCUCUCCCCAGCCACUUCAACCAGCUCCUCCGGUGGGAUCCCAAGGCGUUCCCAGGCUAGCCAAGAGACAAAGUCUCUCCAGCCUGUCCCGGGUCAUCCCCUGGGACUCCCGCCGGUGGGACAUGCCCGGAACACCUCUCCGGGGAGGCGUCCAGGAGGCAUCCGAACCAGAUGCCCGGGCCACCUCAGCUGGCUCCUCUCAACGCGGAGGAGUAGCGGCUCGACGCCGAGUCCCUCCCGGAUCACCGAGCUUCUCACCCUAUCUCUAAGGGAGAGCCCGGACACUCUGCGGGGAAAGUCAUUUCGGCCGCUUGUAUCCGGGAUCUUGUUCUUUCUGUCGCGACCCACAGCUCGUGACCAUAGGUAAGGGUAGGAAUGUAGAUCAACUUGUAAAUCGAGAGCUUCGCUUUUUGGCUCAGCUCCUUUUUCACCACAACGAACCGGUGCAGCGUCUGCAGUAAAGCGGACGCUGCACCGAUCCGCCUGUCGAUCUCCCGCACCUCCCUACCCUCACACGUGAACAAGACCCCAAGAUACUUGAACACCUCCACUUGGGACAGGAUCUCAUCCCCGACCCGGAGAGGGCACUCCACCCUUUUCCGACUGAGGACCACGGUCUCUGAUUUGGAGGUGCUGAUCUUCAUCUCAACCGCUUCACACUCAGCUGCGACCCGCUCCAGUGAGAGUUGGCGGUCGCGGCAUGAUGAAGCCCACAGCACCACAUCAUUGCUGCACCUAAAACUUCUGUCCAUAAAAAUUAUGAACAGAAUGGGUGACAAAGGGCAGCCUUGACGGAGUCUAACCCUCACCAGGAACGAAUAUGACUUACUGCCAGCAAUGCGGACCAAACUCUGACACCGGUCGUACACGGACCGAACAGCCUUUACCAAGGGGCUCGGUAACCCGUACUCCCGGCGCACCCCCCACAGUACUCCCCGAGGCACACGUUCGAACGCCUUCUCCAGAUCCACAAAAUACAUGUAGACUGGCUGGGUGAACUCCCAUGCAUCCUCGAGGACCCUGUCAAGGGUGUAGAGCUCGUACCUUUCUUAUUCUUGUUUAAAAAAUGCAGUUGUCACCACAAUUUAUUCUGCAGUCUGUUAAUUUUUUGGCAUGCCUGGUGUGUGACUAAAUGUUAAUGUAAACUGUCAAGCAAAACCAAGAGAGUGUUUGUUUUCACACUGACUGUUCGAUUAUAAUUGGUACAUUAUUUAAUAGUCUGGUACAUCUAUUGCCUGAGGACAGUCUUCUGAUGACAGGCUGUGCGAUUUGUGAUGGCUCAAACUUCACGUCUUUAAAGUGCCUGUGACAGCAUAAAAACAUCUUAAAUGGCAUUAUUAUGUGAAUGAGAAUCAUAUUUUGAGAUUAUUCUACUAUAUACAAUCAUUUGGCAAAGCGCAGAUGACGGGAAAUUAGUCUUUUAAACUGCCGUUUAACCCCGCCUGUCAUUAUAGCGCUCUAGCGUCCCCAGCUGGAUGAUGACGUCAGCAGGGUAACGAUUUCAUCUGAUUUAGAAUUCAGCCCAUCGAGGGGGAAUAUUCAGAACAAAGAUAAUACGACCGAGAGCAGAAAAAUGUCAUCAUUGUUUCAAUCUCUCCAAUAUUUUUACAGAAUAUUCUGUUUAUCAAAGUAUUUUUCCCCAAUUGCUAAAUAAAGGCUAUGGCAAAUAAGUCUUGUGCUAAACGGAAAUUGAAAUAUUAACAAUGCAUUUAUUCAGUACUACAGGGUCAAAACUGCCGACUUCUUCCUCUCCCUAAUGGUAUUUUGUGCCUCCGGAAAGUCCGGCUUUUGUCAUUUCCCUUCCCCGGCUUCGGAGACUGAGGAAAGAGCGUAAACAAAACAGGAGUCGUGACAGCUAGCUGACAUGCUAACCCAAACCGAGUGGCUUUUCCAAGUCUUAUUCUUGCCUUUCGAAAACGAAAAAUCACACGAAAUUACCCCGACUCAUGGCACACACAGCGGCGUGGUUGAUUGUCUUCACCGAUCGGCCAGCCCCCGGCGGCGAGCACUCUCUCUGGUGUAGCAAAAAAUGCCUUCAGCACAUUGGCCUUGUGUCACGCAAAAAAUAAACUAAUUAAUCCGCAAAAUCAACUGAAUGAGCAGUCCUUCUGCAUGCUACAGUAAUGGCUGUUUAGUGAAGAUGAGGUCAUAUUCGCCUUUUUCCUCAACCCGAGACUCGAACCGGACCCGUUGAAUAACUAUAUCAAUCGUUUCCACACACAUCCAAGCGGUCCAUUUCAUUCAGGAGCAUAAAGUACUGCGUGUAAUAUGAAAUAAACAUGCUUUUUUGUGUCACAGGCACUUUAAUACGAAGAACUGCCUUGUUCCAUAUUGUGCAGUGGUUGCUAGACGUUGUAUUGUGAUCACUGUGAUAUUCCUGUGUAUUUGCUUAAAGAUUGACCAACACAGAACCACAAAACACAGUGGCCAAUGAGAGUUCUUCUGAAAGGACAGUGACCCCUUACAUUAUAAUAUGACUUUGUGCAUGCAUCUAUCAUCUCUUAAUCUGUACUUUUUGGAGUUUACUGGAACUUCAUGAUUUAUUGUACGUGUACAAACCAUGGAAAGAGAUAACAUGUCUCUAUAUACAGUGGUAUGAAAAAGUAUCUGAACCUUUUGGAAUUUCUCACAUUUCUUCAAAAAAAAAAACACCUUCAAAUAUGAUCUGAUCUUUGUCAAAAUCACACAGAUGAAAAUACAGUGUCUGCUUUAACUAAAACCACCCAACCAUUGAUAGGUUUUCAUGUUUUAAUGAGGAUAGUAUGCAAACAAUGACAGAAGUGGGAAAAAUAAGUAAGUGAACCAUCGCAUUUAAUAUUUUGUGGCAGCAAUAACUUCAACCAGAGGCUUCCUGUAGCUCCAGAUCAGUGUGGCACAUCGAUCAGGACUAAUUUUGGCCCAUUCCUCUCUACAAAAGUACUGUAGCUCAGUCAGAUUCCUGGGAUGUUUGGCAUGAAUCGCUGUCUUUAGGUCAUGCCACCGCAUCUCAAUGGGGUUCAAGUCUGUACUUUGACCUGGCCACUCCAGAACGUGUAUUUUGUUCUUCUGAAACCAUUAUGAAGUUGAUUUACUUCUGUGUUUUGGAUCAUUGUCUUGUUGCAGAAUCCAGCUUCAACUGUCUGACAGACGGCCUCAGGUUUUCCUGCAAAACAUUUGAAUUUAUUCUUCCAUUAAUAAUUGAAGUUGUCCAGGCCCUGAGGCAGCAAACAGCCCCAAAUUAUGAUGCUCCCUCCACCAUGCUUCACAGUGGGGAUGAGGUUUUGAUGUUGGUGAGCUGUUCCAUUUUAUCUCCACACAUGACAUUAUGUGUUACUCCCAAACAAUUCAACUUUGGUUUCAUCAGUCCACAAAAUAUUUUGCCAAAACUGCUUUGGAGUGUCCAAGUGCCUUUUUUUAAACGAGCAACAAUGUUUUUUUUUUUUUUUUUUUAGACAGCAGUGGCUUCUCUGUGGAGUCCUCCCAUGAAUAUCAUUCUUGGCUAUUGUUUUACAUAUAAUUGAUGUGUGCACAGAGAUAUUGGACUGUGCCAGUGAUUUCUGUAAGUCUUUAGCAGACACUUUAGGGUUCUUUUUUUACCUCUGAGUAUUCUGCACUGAACUUUUGGCGUGGACGGCCACUCCUUGGGAGGGAAGCAACAGUGACAAACUCUCUCCAUUUGUAGCCAACUUCUCUGUCUAUCGAUUGAUGAACAUCCAGACUUUUAGAGAUGCUUUUGUAUCCUUUCCUAGCUUUAUACAAAUUAACAAUCCUUGAGCGCAGCUCUUUUGGCCGAGCCAUGAUGCCAUCAGACAAUGCUUCUCAUUAAAACAUUUCUGACCAGGUGUGUGUUUUAUAGUGGGCAGGGCAGCUUUAAACCACUCAUAAAUAAUUGGGCACACACAUGAUUUAACUUGUUUGGUAAAAAUUGGUCUCCUUAGGCAGAGGAUUUACUUACUUAUUUUUCACCCUUCUGUCAUUUUUUGCAUGCUGUCCUCAUUAAAAUAUGAAAACCUAUAAAUGUUUGGGUGGUUUUAGUUAAAGCAGACACUGUUUUUACAUCUGUGUGAUUUUGACAAGGAUCAGAUCACACUUAAUGGUGAUUUUAUGCAGGAAUGUGAGAAAUUGCAAAAGGUUCAGAUACUUUCAUACCACUGUACCUUAUGUUAGAUACCAAAGACGGUUUGACUGUUUUUGUUUUUUGUUCUUUCACAAACUGAUGUACAGUCUAGGGCCUAGGUAAUAUUUAUGGGGGCUCUGCACAUUUGGUGUAGAAACUAUUUUGACUGUGAAGUGCACAUUGAAGUGUUUGUUGCCUUGAUAUCCAAAUGAAAGUGCAAAUGCGUAUCUUUUAAAGAGGGCUCCAUUUUAUAGACGUGACUGUUAGAUCAAAUUUAUGGCUGUCAAUUUGACUUUUUGCGUGUACAGGGGUGCCAAGCAGCCAGCAAAUAGAGCUCAAGGUCAGCGAGGUAUAAGUGUUGUCUGUGCAUUUCAAGUCCUUUUGUAGGUGACUGUUUGUACAUUUAGCACUUAACUUGAUGUACUUGCAUUAGGGAUGUAACGAUACACUAAAAUGUCAUUUCGGUUCGGUUCAUUUUCUCAAAGUGCUCGGUUAGGUUAAUUUUUGCCAAACAAAACGUACUUAAAAUGGUAUUUUAAAGCAACACUAGGUAACUUUUCAACCUUUAUAAAAUAUUUUCAUAACAUUUGUGAUGAUAUGUCGACUGACAACUAGUUGAAUGACACCUCUUUUAUAUCUUGAGGGGUCUGUAUUGUUUGUGCCGGCUUUAAUUAACUUUGAGGGAAAAAAAAACACUAAUGUGCUGACUGCUUUCCAGCAUUCGUUACUUCCCCCUUUCCACAUUCGUUGUAAAGACAGAAGUCGAUUCUAACGCUUUUAAGCAAAUUCUGCAAAGAUAGCAGAGCAACGGAGACAAAAAGUUUUGCCGAGGCGGGGGGAAAAAAGGAGGCUACCAGAAUAUACAGAAUAAACAUUGGCCCAGUUGUCACUCGUUGGCA